UGUAUAUGAGCUUAGUCAUUUCAACGUUUUUUUUUUUUUAAUGUCUAUCGAGAGUUACCGAACACAGGCUAACAGGGCGCUAUUGAUUAUUAUCGAAAAUGGACUUAUUGGAUUGAGGAACGAAGGUCGCAGACCGAGCCAUAAAAAUGCGCGCCGUAAUCCCAUCAUAAAUGGCCGAUUUAAAACAAACUGGAAAUGAAAUUUUAUAGUCAGCUGUCAAGCUUGUGAGUUUAAGAACGCACGUACUUUCCUGGAAACGCAGUUCUCGGAAUCGAGAACUAAUACUUGAAUGAAUUCUUUGAAAAACUGGAAAGCUUCAUAGUUUUUCCGAGAAAGAAAGGAACAUAAUAUUGCCUUGUCGGGGUACCUUUAGGAGGAGUUGAUCACCAAGUAGAGAGCCUUCAUUUCAUUUCAACCUCCCCUCCCAGAGCAUAUGGACUGCCACCUGCACUGUUUUUAAAAGUUGUUACAGACACUUCAUCAUGGAGGGUGGCUGGUUGUUAUUUGUGUGUCUACUUCUUCCUUUCGCUCUAACAGCUGCCAGUCAAGAAGACGACAGUGAUAAGAGCGCCUCUCUUAUGUCUUUCCUGAAACAUUUCAACCAAAAUAGACAUCACGUGACUAAUCCCGAAGGUAAACAGAAAGCUCGAGAUUUUAUCAAGAAAACAUUUCAGGAUCUGGGCCUCAUUACGUGGCGUGAAGAGUUUAAACCAGAUCAUCCACAGUAUGCAACCGGAGUUAACUUGGUCGGGAAGCUCCCAGGCACCCUUGCGGGCUCAAGUAACGACAGGCUGUUUCUGAUUGGCGCUCAUUACGACACGGUACGGACCACUUCACACGGCGCUGACGACAAUGGAUCAGGCGUGGCCGCUAUGCUUCAGGUUGCUAAGCAAAUUACAACAGAUUUCUCUCAAUGCCCCCGUAGUUUCAGCGUUUUGUUUGUAGCAUUUGACUUCGAGGAAUGGGAAGAUUGUUCUAACACGACACUCAAUCCGCGUUGUGCUUGCGGCCAGAUCGACUGCGGUAGCAGAGCUUUUGUCGCAAACUUCUCUCGUUAUUAUAAUGGAUCUUUACACUCAAACGGGAAGCUUCAGGGAGCUAUCAUAAUGGAUACGGUGAUGAACUACAACAACACUCCUAACACGCAGGUUCUCCCAGUUUCAAUAGACAAGUUUUUCCCGGAGAUUUACCAUCAGAUCAAAGAAGAUAAGUUUCGAGGCAAUUUUCUCGCUGUGGCUGGGCGACAAGUGGAUGACGCAGCGCUGAUGGAUUCGUUUUGGUAUCAUUAUAAUCAAGUUAAGUCUGCCCUCAAAAACACAACUACGAUGUAUGCAGUUAACCUCCCAUUCCACGGACAACCUUCUGAACUACAACCCGUUAUGGAGAAUGCGAUGGGCGACUUUUUUCGAAGUGAUCACUUGGCUUUCUGGAAUACCGUCCCCUCGCUCAGCGCCAUCUUUCUCAGUGAUACAGCAGACCACCGAAGCUACAUGGUUUCAUGUUACCAUGCUAACUGUGACAGUAUUGCUCGUCUGACUCCUGAAAUGCUUCAGUUCCUUCAGAAGACCAGUGACACCAUUUUGGCCACGACUAAUGACGUAACCAAGCUGUCUUGUCCGGAAAAAAGCGGUGGCGCAGUAGUGAGUCAGACAGAUAAUUGUAUGAAUUAUUGGAAGGUAGCUCUGAUUGGAAUUGGAACCCUUUUGUUUGGCGUGUUACUGGCAGGGGCAGCUUUUGUGUUUUAUCUUCGGCGAGUAACUCAAGACGACUCCCUGGUCACACGAGAUCAUUUGCAGUCAAGCUUCAAUGCAGAUAACGCGGGAAAAGUUAUCUAGUUCUUAUUUUUUGCCAUCUGUUCUCUUGAACACACUUUAACAUUUGUGCUAAGGCCGCCUUUGAAUAUUUCAAUUUUGAGGGUUUUUUUUCACUUUUGUGUCCGAAAUUUUUCAAUCAUGAUUCUUUUUAACGAUGACAAUAGUUAACAUAUUUCAGAGCUCAGCGAACUGUGCAGUUUUAUAAUUUACAUUAUGCCGCAUCAGAUAAAAGGGUAAAGUACAUGCUUGCCAGAUUUUUCGCCGCGUGUCAAUCUCUUUGUACCGUCUGAACGGUUCAAUUACCACACGCUGCUCAAAUCGACUUCCUGUGAUUUGGAUCAAAGUAGAGCAUGUCAGGGGCGUGUUACAAGAAGCACGAGGGUCUGACAAUCAAAUAAACUCGAAUAACGAAGGCGAUAAAAAUCCUGCAAGCAAACCAUAGUUGUUUUGUUUUAAAUUUGAUUAACCAAAAAAAUUUCAUCUGUUCUCUGACCACCAGUCAUUCUAACCUCAUACUCUGUUCGCCGCUAUAUGUUACAUUGCGAAAUAGCAUAGUUAUACAGGUUUGUGUGGAACAGAGAUAUUCACAUUUACUAACCUGAGUAUCAGACCUUUCUUAGCAAGAGGGUAGGGUAAUAUCAGGCCUUGCCGGGUAUUUCCUCCUCCUACCCCGCGAGUAAGAAAAGCCUGAUACUCGGGCUACACAUGUAUUAACUCGGAAGAAGGGAAACAGUACUAUGAACACAGUACAAACUUUGCUAUCAGUUUCGCUGCCUCCUAGAUCAUGUAUAUCAGAGACGAAGGUCAAGUGGUGAUCCAGUGGUUAGGUAGCUGUAGAGACUAGAGACCUACCAAGAAAAGCUUACGGCAUCCAUGCCGGCCACGGCACGUUUUAGCCUAAUUCCUCCCCUGCAGUAGCUUGUUGAAAAUUCUUUUUGCAUUUGCUUGCCUUUUUGAUUGAACAAAGUGCCAAUCGUAGUUUAGCAUGCAUAUCAUGGCGUUUUCCCUGCCAUUGCCAACGAUGCUUUUGCGUCGAGAUCUGAGUCUUGCUAUUUGUAGCUUUUUAGUCAAGAUUUUCUCUGAUUAGUCCCUCGAACCUACCAUGUAAAAUGAACAAAAUAUACACAUGCAGCACUAUAAACCUGCACUAUAUCAUUGCCAUAUUAUAGGACUAGUGAAUACCGAUAGGAAGAUAUUGGCUUGCGUCAAUUUAAGUGUAUGCUGUACAUCCGCCAGUAAUAUCUGUAUAAGUAAUAAUUCAUUAAAAAUGUCUCAAUCUGUUUAUUCAUUGAUGGUCAAGUUGUUGUUUUAGCAUCGUUUUAGCAGCACCAAAUAUGGAUCAGUUUUGUGCCACUGGUGCUAGCAGUGGUAGAUUCUGCUAUCAGUUCUGAUAUUGUAUUGGCAUUAUCGGACAAUCUAGUCCAUAAUUUUAGCGUGUGUUAGUAAUUGUACAUUUCCUUAAACAUUUUCUGAGAUGGCUUUG